AUGUCAAUUUCGCGUUCAAAUCCUUACGAUCGAAAUCUCACGUUCCUCGGCGAUUCCCAUCUCCGAAACGGCGUCGUCGGACUCACGAGAGAGCUCGGCGUUCCCGAUACGAGCUCCGGCACGAUUCCUCCGGCGACGGGCUCUCUUUCUUCCUCUCCCACGACAACGAUACUCUGGAAGUCCCGGAAGCUACCUGGGUCUCGUCAAUUCCUCUCAGCCGAUGAAGAAUCGCUUCGUCGCAAUCGAAUUCACACCAAAUUGGAUCCUCAUUUCAACGACCCGAGCGGAAAUCACGUCGGCGACAGUUUAAACUCAAUCGCGACCUCGGAUCCAUCCGUUUCGUCUCAAAUUGAUCUGAAAUCUGGGAAAUCGAUCACUGCCUGGAUCGAUUACAAGAACGAUCUGCGUUUAUUAAACGUGUUCUUGAGUUACACAGAUCCAAUUCCACCCAAGAAGCCAGAAAAGCCUCUUUUAUCUGCAAACAUCGAUCUUUCUCCUUUCUUAAACGGUUCGAUGUAUGUAGGAUUCUCCGGUUCAACAGAAGGAAGCACAGAGAUUCACUUAAUCGAGAAAUGGAGCUUCAAGACUUCUGGGUUUCUUCCGGUGAGAUCGAAAUCUAAUCAUCCUCACAACGUUUCAGAUAGCUCUAUAGUUCCUCCAUUGGCUAUACCACGUUCCGCGAGUAAGAAGCGUCGUCACAGGCACAAUCUCGCUAUUGCUAUUUCUUGUCCAAUCAUCUUCUGCUUUGCUCUCUUUGCGUUUGGAUUCUUAACCUUGAGGAAAUGGAGAGUCGUGAAAGCAAAGAAGGAGCUCAAGACAGAGCAAAUCACAGGCUUAAGAGAGUUUAGCUACAGAGAGCUUUACGCAGCUACGAAAGGGUUUCACUCGAGCAGAGUCAUCGGAAGAGGAGCGUUUGGGAACGUGUACAGAGCCAUGUUCGUUUCCUCUGGAACAAUCUCCGCUGUGAAGAGAUCGAGGCACAACUCAACGGAAGGCAAAACGGAGUUUCUCGCUGAGCUCUCAAUCAUUGCUUGCUUGCGUCACAAGAAUCUUGUGCAGCUGCAGGGUUGGUGUAACGAGAAGGGAGAGUUGCUUCUCGUAUACGAGUUUAUGCCUAAUGGAAGUCUUGACAAGAUUCUGUAUCAGGAAUCAGAAGCAGGAGCCGUCUCUCUAGACUGGUCACAUAGGCUCAACGUUGCGAUUGGUUUAGCUUCAGCUUUAUCGUAUCUCCACCAUGAAUGUGAGCAGCAAGUGGUUCACAGAGACAUAAAGACGAGCAACAUCAUGCUCGACAUCAACUUCAACGCGAGGCUCGGGGAUUUCGGUUUAGCUAGGCUCACGGAGCAUGAUAAGAGCCCUGUUUCAACCUUAACCGCUGGUACGAUGGGUUAUCUAGCACCGGAGUAUCUCCAGUACGGCACUGCGACUGAGAAAACUGAUGCGUUUAGCUACGGAGUGGUGAUUCUAGAGGUGGCUUGUGGAAGAAGGCCGAUAGAUAAGGAGCGUGAUGGUCAGAAGACUGUGAAUCUGGUGGAUUGGGUUUGGAGAUUGCACAGUGAAGGGAGAGUGCUUGAGGCUGUGGAUGAGAGGUUGAAAGGAGAGUUUGAUGAGGGGAUGAUGAAGAAACUGUUGCUUGUGGGGCUUAUAUGUGCUCAUCCGGAUAGUAACGAGAGACCGUCUAUGAGGCGUGUGCUUCAGAUACUUAACAAUGAGGUUGAGCCUAGUCCGGUUCCGAAGAUGAAGCCAACAUUGUCUUUCACUUGUGGGUUAAGUCUUGAAGACAUUGUUUCAGAGGAUGAAGAAGGAGAUAGCAUCGUGUACGUUGUAGCUUAG